AAAUUUUGGCUCUUGUCCCCUCCUCCCACCCCCCCCCCACCCUGUGUGAGAUGUUGGGUUCCUUCUUCAUGAGACAUUGUUGAGAAGUCGCAGUGGUUGGAGAGGCGUGGGGGUAGACUACCUCUACUCCCCCCCCGCCCCCCUUUUUUCUCUCUGAGAGAAGGAGGAGGGGAAGGGGGCUUGCAGAGCAAGCGAUGGAUGAGGAAAACAUGACGAAAAGCGAGGAGCAGCAGCCUCUGAGUUUGCAAAAAGCCUUACAGCAGUGCGAGUUGGUCCAAAACAUGAUAGACCUGAGUAUCUCCAACCUGGAAGGGCUUAGGACCAAAUGUGCUACCUCCAACGACCUCACACAAAAAGAAAUCCGGACCCUGGAGAGCAAGCUGGUGAAGUACUUCAGCCGGCAGCUGUCCUGCAAAAAGAAGGUGGCCCUGCAGGAACGCAACGCUGAGCUGGAUGGCUUCCCCCAGCUUCGGCACUGGUUCCGGAUCGUGGACGUACGCCAGGAAGUCCUGGAGGAAAUCACUCCAGGCCAGCUGAGUCUGGAGGACCUCUUGGAGAUGACGGAUGAGCAGGUGUGUGAGACUGUGGAGAAAUAUGGAGCCAACCGGGAGGAGUGUGCCCGCCUCAAUGCCUCCCUCUCCUGCCUCCGCAACGUCCACAUGUCAGGGGGCAACCUUUCCAAACAAGACUGGACCAUCCAGUGGCCCGCCACGGAGACGGGGAAGGAGAACAGCCCUGUGUGCCCCUCGGAGCCAACCCCGUGGAUCCGCACCCACCUGUCCCAGAGCCCCAGGGUCCAGUCCAAGUGUGUCCAGCACUGUCACGCUGGCCCCACCCCCGGGACCCCCGUGUACACCCACGUGGACAGGCUCACCGUGGACGCCUACCCGGGCCUGUGCCCGCCACCGCCCCUGGAGUCGGGCCACCGUUCCCUGCCCCCAUCGCCCCGGCAGCGGCACGCAGUCCGCACGCCGCCGCGCACCCCCAAUAUCGUCACCACCGCAACCCCGCCUGGCACACCGCCGCCCAUGAGGAGGAAGAACAAGCUGAAGCCCCCGGGGACCCCGCCGCCUUCCUCCCGAAAGCUGAUCCACUUGAUCCCGGGUUUCACGGCCCUGCAUCGGAGCAAGUCCCACGAAUUCCAGCUGGCUCACCGGGUAGAUGAGGCCCACACGCCCAAAGCCAAGAAGAAAAGCAAACCCUUGAACCUUAAGAUUCACAGCAGCGUGGGCAGCUGUGAGAACAUCCCUUCACAGCAGCGCUCCCCACUCCUGUCCGAGCGCUCCCUCCGCUCCUUCUUUGUGGGACACGGGCCUUUCCUGCCCUCCACCCCUCCGGUCCACACCGAGGCCAACUUCUCGUCAAACACACUGUCAGUGCCACGCUGGUCCCCUCAGAUCCCUCGCAGAGACCUUGGCAACUCCAUCAAGCACAGGUUUUCCACGAAGUACUGGAUGUCUCAGACGUGCACAGUCUGUGGGAAAGGGAUGCUUUUUGGCCUCAAGUGUAAAAAUUGCAAGUUAAAGUGCCACAACAAAUGCACCAAAGAAGCCCCACCUUGUCAUCUCCUCAUCAUCCACCGAGGAGAUCCAGCAAGGUUGGUCCGGACAGAGUCGGUCCCAUGUGACAUCAACAACCCUCUGCGAAAGCCACCCCGGUACUCGGACCUGCACAUCAGCCAGACGCUCCCCAAAACCAACAAAAUCAACAAGGACCAUAUCCCUGUCCCUUACCAGCCAGACUCUAGCAGCAACCCCUCGUCCACGACAUCCUCCACGCCCUCCUCACCGGCACCGCCCCUGCCUCCCAGCGCCACGCCACCUUCUCCCCUGCACCCAUCCCCACAGUGCACGAGGCAGCAGAAGAACUUCAACCUGCCAGCAUCCCACUACUACAAAUACAAGCAGCAGUUUAUCUUCCCAGAUGUGGUGCCAGUGCCAGAGACGCCGACCCAGGCGCCCCAGGUCAUCCUGCAUCCAGUGACCUCGAAUCCAAUCUUGGAAGGAAAUCCAUUACUUCAAAUUGAAGUGGAGCCAACCUCAGAGAACGAAGAGGGCCACGAUGAGGCCGAGGAGUCAGAGGACGACUUUGAGGAGAUGAACCUGUCCCUCCUCUCGGCCCGGAGCUUCCCACGCAAGGCCAGCCAGACCAGCAUCUUCCUGCAGGAGUGGGACAUCCCCUUUGAGCAGCUGGAGAUCGGCGAGCUCAUCGGAAAGGGCCGCUUCGGGCAGGUGUACCACGGCCGCUGGCACGGGGAGGUGGCCAUCCGGCUGAUCGACAUCGAGAGGGACAACGAGGAACAGCUCAAGGCCUUCAAGCGGGAGGUGAUGGCCUACCGGCAGACGCGGCAUGAGAAUGUGGUGCUGUUUAUGGGCGCCUGCAUGAGCCCGCCCCACCUGGCCAUCAUCACCAGCCUCUGUAAGGGACGCACACUCUAUUCGGUGGUGAGGGAUGCCAAGAUUGUCUUGGAUGUCAACAAAACCAGGCAGAUUGCCCAAGAGAUUGUGAAGGGCAUGGGCUACCUCCACGCCAAGGGAAUCCUUCACAAGGACCUCAAGUCCAAGAACGUCUUCUAUGACAACGGCAAAGUGGUGAUCACAGACUUUGGGCUCUUCAGCAUUUCCGGGGUGCUGCAGGCUGGCAGGAGGGAGGAUAAACUACGCAUCCAGAAUGGCUGGCUGUGCCACUUGGCACCGGAGAUCAUCCGCCAGCUGUCUCCGGACACAGAGGAAGACAAGCUCCCUUUCUCCAAGCACUCAGACGUCUUUGCACUCGGAACGAUCUGGUAUGAACUCCAUGCCAGGGAGUGGCCUUUCAAGACCCAACCAGCAGAGGCAAUAAUCUGGCAAAUGGGCACAGGCAUGAAACCCAACCUCAGCCAGAUCGGCAUGGGAAAAGAAAUCUCGGACAUUCUUCUCUUCUGCUGGGCCUUUGAACAAGAAGAGAGACCUACCUUCACCAAGCUCAUGGACAUGCUAGAGAAACUGCCAAAGCGAAACCGCCGUCUGUCUCACCCUGGACAUUUCUGGAAGUCUGCAGAGCUGUGACUGUUGGACAAAGGGACGGCGCCCAGCUGCCUCAGCUCCCAAGCCACCUGUCCCCUGCUCUGUCUUCUGCCAGCUUAGGAGGCCAGAGGCUCACCAUUAGAGGGUACCGACCCCAGCUGACCUGGGAGCGCUGCACAACUGAGCUCAAUGGCUUCCCUGUACCCCAGACCUAUGUCCUUUUGCUCUGGCAGGGCUGGGGACCCCUGAGCUGGGACUUAGCGGGACCAGCCAGGGAGACACGGAAUUGAUCAGGGAGGCACGGGGCAGGGUAGGCUGAAUGUGGAGCCCCGGGGCCAUGGAGGCGAGGGCAGGAGGCCGACCUGGGCAGGUUCGCGGGACCAGUCUGUGUGUCCAUGUGUGUCUCGGUGCGUGACGCGCCUGCUCUUAGUACGCUUUGACAAGCAAGAGCCGGCUGCCCCAGCUCCGGAGAGUUUCCUUGGCUGUCUGGUGUGUGUGUAGUGGGUUCCAGCUGUGCUCUCUGGGAAGAUGGGAUGGGAUGCAGAGCUGAGCACAAACUCAGGGGAAGCUGUGGGGCGAAGAUCUGGGCAGGGGGACUAAGCUGUUUCGUUGUAAACAUCUGUUCUCAGACGCCCAACCCCAGCCUGUCAUGGUUUGUGGCACCUUCCUAUAUAGACCUGAAGUGCAGCAAAACAGUCUUGCAUGUCUUGAGUUCUGGGUCUCUCUGGGCUCCAGCUCCCUACUGCUGCCUUCUCCUACUGUUCUGUGACAGCGUUGUCCCUUUUUGCCCCACCCCACCCCUGCCAUUUGGAAAGCACAGUGGCUCUCUAGCCAGGAUGACUUCUGGGGGCUCCUUACAGCUCACCUUCACCCAUGAUACCCCCUGAAGUCUGGGCCCUGAGAACUGGGGCUCUGGGGAGGGGAUUCUAGGACAUUCUUUUCCCCUCCCUCUGCUUCGACACUUACACCAGCUAAGACUGUCCACCACAACGACAAAUGCGGGUUCCUGGGAUACGUGUGUGUUGGGUUAUAUGGUGUACACACGGCAUCCUGUUUGCAAAGGAUUCCCCCCGCCCCUUCGCCCUUAGCACGCCCUGUUGGGAAGGCAAAGAAGAAGGCUGUUUGUAGCGAUUCUGCAUUCUCAACUGCAGCCUGGUGCUGAGGCCCAGAGUGGCUUCCCCAUUGGAGGUCCGUCAUGUCUGGUCAGUGCCCCUGCCUUCCGCCCCUCCCCCUGGCUCCCCAUCUGGGCUGGCGGCUCUUCCCCACCUCCUUGGGAUCAGGUGUUCCACAGAAAGGAUGCUGGAAGCAGGUCGGGCGUGCAGAGUGAUGCCAGGAGCCUCUGUCUUACGUUCCUGAUGUUCCCGACCUAAUCAGGGUAGGUCUUACGUUCCCAAAGCCCUGGUCCCCAUUCAUCUGCUCUGGCACCAAAAGGCAGUCUGUCCCCCCAGUAGGGCAAUAGCAGGGCAGCAGGCAGCAUGCCCAGGGUCGGCCCAUGGCCUCUCUUUACUUCCUGGGCACUGCCCAGGCUUGAUUUUUUUUUUUUUCUGGUUGCUACCUUAUUCAGACAUCUGCCUCCCAGAGAGGCGAACUAAGACUUCAAAAACCCUACCUGAGCUCAGACUCAGCAUCGAACCAGAUGACAGGAGAGGGGGUCUUCAUGUUCUGGGGGCCAACCCUGCUUCCUGACUGGGAAAUUGAUGAGACUAGUUAUGCUUCCCAAGACCCUGGGCGAGGGAAUCCCCUGUGCCUCGCAAAGAACUUUCCCGAAUGCCUUCCCUAUGCUCCCGCCUGUGUGGGACCAGAGACUGAAAGCCCCCAUGUGGGCUGCUCCUCAGUGGGUGUUUCUCGUCUGGAGAACUGGGAACUCCGUGGCUCUUAGCUCAUUUGUGUGUCUUGGAGACAUUUUACACACAUUUGCACAAGCCCCAGCCGUUCUGGUGUUGCUAGGGGCAGCUCUCGUCAGCAGCUGCCUCCCUGUCCAACAGCCAACCAGAGGACCAACCCCAGGCCUGGGCCUGGCCUCUUCCCAGCGGCCCCUUGAGGGCCUGAAAUCCAACCCAGACUUCUCGGGUCCUUGGACUCCAGUCUUUGUCAUGGACCUUUGUGCUGGGAGAGGAAACGAGAAAGGGAGAACCAGGCAGGGUGCAGCUUCUCUGAAGCUGAAAUGCUCCCCAGAGCUGUGACCCACUCCCUCUGGCCUCUUAUUUCCAGCACUAACUACCAUGGUCACACACAGCCUUGGAGGGUCUCCAAUGGCUGCUUUCUCCAUCCAUCCAGUAGCACCAGCUUGAGGUUGAGGACAGGGCCUGGGGGACCCAGGGAGAAGCCCUAACCUUCUCUGUGCCUUCGAAGCUUCUCUGCGUUGCUGACACGGUUUCCUUGGGCCCAUCCCUGGGUCCCGCGUCACUUGCUCUUAACCUCGCUCUUUGCCACGUCCUUACUUUGUCCCCAGCUUCCUCAGUCGCUGUGGCAGCCAGCCUACACCCGGCUUCCAGCCCCUCCCUGCCACCCUCCUGGCUAUACCACCCUGAAUUGUUUAGAGGCCAGCUUUGCUGUUCAGACAUUUCAAACCAGAAAGAACCAAGCCACUGCUUUCUGGGUGGCCGCGCCCUUUAUUCACUAGUGAAGUGUUGGGAGGAGGUCACAUUCAUCAGUCUUUUGCAAGGAAAGGAAAAAGGGGUGUUUGUAUUUUUACAUCAUGGUUUGCCAUCCUUGCCUGUGACUCCUAUAGAAACAAAGGUGUGUGUGUGUGUGUGUGUGUGUGUGCUCGCGCGCACUCACUUGUCUCACCACGGCCGCGGGCAGGUACCCAGCACCCAGCAGCAUGUUGUUUCUGUCUGUGCCUCUCUUUCAGCAAACCCACAGAUACACAGGCUUCCGAGUGGACCAGUCCGCAGAGUGAAGAUUCACCAGGAAGCCUUGACCUUGCCUUCUUUGAAAGGCAUGUGGGUUUGCAUAGUGAAUUCCACCCAACUCUUCCAGGACACAGGUGUUUCACCAAACAGGGACUCCUUUGCAGGGGAAACACUCCCUUGGUCUUAUGCGGGGAUGUCCCCACAUGUCAUCAUCCCCAGAGAGAAGCUGGAGACUCCCAGUCUCCAGUUAAUCCCCUUUUGUCCUGGUUUUCCUUUUACGGGUCAAAGAGAAACAUCUCUCCUUGCCAUGGAGCCCCCCUUCUUUCUCUCCACUUCUAUCUUGGAUUCUUAGUCCCUGGAUGGAUCUCUGGGGACUAGACUCCUGUAUUCAGGAAACAUGGUUCUGCCACUUUCACACCUCCCAUCCCAUGUGCACACAUCCCACCCCCACCCCCCACACAAACCCAGAUUCCCUCACCUCCCGCCAUUCUUGUCCCCGCCUGUGGCUGGUCACCUAAGAGCACAAAGGAAAUGGUAACACUUAGCCCAGGCCCAAUCACUACCUUGAGAGAUCUAAAGCUGGGGUUAGCAAAUUAUGGCCUGUGGGCCACGUCCAGUAUACCAGCUGGUUUUUACAUACUCUAAUUGGGGGAAAACCAGAAGAAGAAGGUUUUAUGCUAUGUGAAAACUCUAUGAAAGUCAAAUGUCAAUGACAAACAAAAUUGUAUUGGCACACGGCCACACCCAUUUAUUUUCAUAUGGACCGUGUUUGCUUUUGUGCUUCAAGGACCGAGUUGGCUAUUUGCUGCAGAGACAGUGCGGCCCAUAAAGCUGAAAAGCAUGACAGUCUCGCUUUUUACAGAAAACGCUUGUCAACCUCUGAUCCAGAGAACUGUCUGAUUAAGGAAGAAACCAGCUCGUCUGCGACUCCCAGGGAAGGGACAGGAGCCAGCAGUGGGAGUUGUAGGGGCACAGCUUGUUCCAGUUGUGGGGCACAGCUCCGUCCCCAGCAAAGACCCUGGAUAGGUCCAAGCCUCUGUGAUGUUAGGGACCUUCUCGGCAACCCUCCCCUUCCCUGGCUUGCUUUCCCACAUUUGUUCGCAACCUCCAGUCUUCGCAUUUAUCCUCCCUGCCCUCAUCCCCUGCCGGCCUUCACUUCACCCGCCCACCCAUCCCCUAAUGACUGGUCUUGUUCCAGUGAUUCCAUCACCCAACCCCUUCUGCCCCCCACCACGCGUUAAUUGGCAAGUGCUGUCCUAACAAAGUACCACAAACCCGGUGGCUUAAAACAACAGGAAUUGAUUCACCAGUCUGAAGACUGGAAGUCUAAAAUCAGGGUGUGGUCAGGGCCAUACCCCUUCUGAGCCCCUCUGUAAGGGGACCCUUCCUUGCCUCCUCCUCGUAACCUAUGGUGGUUUGCUGGCAGUGUUUGGCAUUCCUUGGCUUGUCGCUGCACCCCACCAAACUGCCUCCGUGGUCCCAUGACCUGCUCCAUGUGGGUUUCUGUCUCUGCGUCUGAACUUCCUUCUUCUUAUAAGGACAGCGGUCCUAUUGGAUCUUAUAAGGACACCCACCUUCCUCAAGUUUGAUUUCAUCUUAACGAAUUACAUUGUCAUGACCUUAUUUCCAAAUAAGGUCACAUUCUGAAGUACUGGGAGUUAAGACUUAACCUGUCAUUUUUAGGGGGGACAAGUCAACCCAUAACACCCUCUAAGGAGCUUUCUUUUGUGCCUUGACGGGUCACCUUCCAUCCAUGGCAGACCCCCCUGGGAGCUCGGUCCCCAGAACCCCUGGGCCACAAGGGUCAGGGCAUUGCUGUUGCUUUUAAUUAAACCUGCCCCAGACUGACACCUCCAUCACUGGUGGCCAACAGCUCUGGGCUUCAUGGAUGAUGGUGGACGGCCUGUCUGUAGUGUGACUGUCACGUGACCAUUGGAUGCAUGUGCUCAGCGCAGUCUGAAGUGGUUGGUAACACGACGUUUGUUUUUAGUUCUACUCUCACUCGGUGGCAGAGGAACAGACCUGUGAGCUGUGUGCUUGCUGUGUCUUUUUCAGCUUUGUCUGUGAAGGGAGGAGGUGUUCGAGCAGCCUCUGGUGGACACUGUCCCCAGCCCCCACCUCACUCAUCCCUCACCCCAGCCCUCACCUGCAGACGCCUGUCAGGGGAAUGAGCUCCAGCAGAUGUCAGUCUGAGCCCCAGAAGACAGGUCCCCGGUGUCUCGAAGGUCCUCAUUCUUCCUGACUCUCUCCGCAACAUGCCACAGGGGGCCUCAUUCCUGAUUCUUAACCCAAAUUCCCGACUCCUGUCUUGAGACCCUACAGCCCAUGCCCAUUCUCUAGCCAGCUGGGCCAGAGAAUUGGUGAACACGUCAGUCCCCGUGACCUUCUCAACUUAUCUAUGUGCUAGCAUCUAGCAUAGUGCCUGGCACAUAGUAGGUGCUCAGUAAAUGUUUACAGAAUGCAGAGCAAGGGUUGCUGGGUAAAAGCGAGGUACUGGCACAGGGGGUCAGACACCCUUCCCUGCAGCCAAAGGGGCUCCACUCCCAGGACCAGGCAGUAAUGGGAUUCCCAUAACCAGGCCCUGGGUCGUCAAUCUCAAGGGAACUUGCCAGGUUUAAUGGAUAUGACUUAUAAAGGAACCCAUUGGUUAGGUGUCCCCAGGCAUCUGGGCCCUGGGAGGCAGAGUAAUGAUUCAUCUCUUAACAGCCACUGUUCACUGAGCACUUACGUGCCAGGCCAACUGAAUCCCUGUGAUGGGAUGGUCCCGGGAGGUAGGUACCGUUAUUCCCAUUUCACAGGCCAAGAAACUAUGACAAAGUGAUGUAAACAGCCUAUUAACUAGUAGAGGCAACAUUUUAAGUAUGAGUCUUUGGACUCGUCUGUUCCCAGGAACCCACCACCAUUUUGAGUGGUUUAUGCCCGGCUGCCCAGCCUCUGUUAAAGCUCCAGCCUCUGGCGUUAUCUGCUGUUAGUAACCAGGAGAGAGGGAGGGAAAACAGGAAGUCAUUGAAGGAAGACGCAGGGGAGGUGGGGACCUGUGUGGGAGUUUGCACGGAAGCUCCCACUUGUACUCCCAGACUGACAGGCUGCCAGCAGCUGCCGGGCUUCCAGGAAACAUGCGUGUGUGUUGGCAGAGCUGCUCCUGGGUUCCUCCAGCACCCCUGCUCCAAGCAGCCUGCUCCGUCAGCCUGGCUCUCUCCUUCUCUCUCACUCUUCCUCUCUCACACUGGACAUUUCACUGUGGUCUUCUGUCCCAAGAGGCUCGCCAGUGAGUGGUCUUCCCUUCCUGCUCAUUGGACUCAGCCCCGUAACUCUAAGAAUAUGAAGGAUUCAUCUCAAUGGGGUUGAAAUGGUUGCUGUUCCUCUCUUAAGGACUGAGCUGGAGGAAAUAGGCUUUGCCUGGAGUCUGCGUGAUCCAGGUUAUACCCAGUUUACCAAGCAUGUUCCAUAGACCUUUAAAUUCCACAGGAGACUCUAUGUACAUGCAUUAUUGGAAGGGUUCUGGGACAAAUGCGCAUUGGAAAUGCUUAGGCAAAACAAGAUUAAAUUUACUUCUUGGUCGCAGGACUUAUCAGAGCUUUUAAGACACUGUUGUGUGGUAAAACCUCUAAAAGGCUGUGUCAGCUGGCUACUCUUCCCAAGCUUUCCCAGGCUGUUUCAGAAUCCCCAGUAAGAUCGACCUCUGUGAAUUCACCUUGAUAGCCUGCAUGGUAUCCUGAGAACAAAGGCCCACUGAAUGUACUAGCCCACAGAAAAGAACAACAUUUCUAGGUCACCUUCUAGGAGCUGGAAAAGGUUGAUUGGCCCCACCUAGCCCGAAGUCCUCCCAGACGCUGGAACUGCAAAUGAGGGACCUGGAAGCUAAUCGAGAUACAUCUGGGCAGAGAGAUGAGCCUGGGGUGACCCCUGGUCACCAGCUGCUCCUGCUUUUCCAUUCGAUGCUGGUAGGAAAAGCUGAGCCCCAGGAAGCUUGAACCUUGCCCCUGCCACCUCCCCACUCCUUGCCCAGGCCUGAUGAUGGUAGACCCCAGUUCACGCAUGUGGGCAGUGGUACCCCGAACAUGGAUGCCACGAAGGAAAACUCUUCCUAUCUUCCAAUGGAGGGGUCAGAUUUGCUGUGUGCAGGUGACUUCCCCAC